AUGUUUGGCCCAACAGAGAUCAGCAGGCUGACAGUGAAAUUGAGGGCAGCAGCAGCAGGUGGAUUUGUCCUCUUCCUUCUCUCUUUGGCAGGUAACAUUUUUAUUUCUCGAGAUUUACCAAACUUGUUGAAUAACUUGGUUUAUUUGUUUGUAAGUAUUCAACCAUUUAUAAGUCAUUUGAUUUUGUUGUUAAUCAAUAUGAUGUUUUCUGUUGAUACUCUGCAACAUCGGAAAUUUUCAUACUCUCAAAUUUGAAAUUUCAUCUCACUUGGGUGUUUCAGUCCUUUUAUCAGCAAAAAAGCAGUCCAAUUUGACCUGCUGUGUUUUAUUUUUACUUUUCAUUGAACUGAAUGCACAUCUAGACUGCCUACAUCAUGUAUCAGCUGACAGAAAUGAACAUAACAGGUGACCGUGUCAUUUUAUGAUAACAUUUUAGAUAUCUGAGUUAAAGUCGAUUGAAUGCUCUCAUCUGACUGAAAAUCUUAAAAUAGCAGAAAUCAGCCUGAUUGUUUUCAUUUUCAUAACCUCAACUUUCCGGUAAUAUUCCGUCAAAACCCCAAAAACUGACAUGAGACUGGUCUGGCACUUCUUCUGUGACUCUAACAAGCAGAUAUAGGAGUUUCACAUCCUGUUUUACAUUCCUCUGUACUUUCACACUCCUGAUUUGAUCUCAGAUCAAACUAAAACCAAACAUGCAAAUUUAGCCUUUUUUUUUUUUACAAGGCACACUCUUCCAACAAAUAGUUUUUCAUUAUUAUGUUGAUCUUUAUAUAUGGCAGCUUAUUCUUUUUCAAGACCAAUACUGUAGAAAAAAAACUUUCUGAGGAACAAAUCCUUUUGUAUAAAGGAAAAGAAUAAUUGGAAAUAAUUAUUAAAUGGACACACUAAAUAAAAACAGAAUAAUUAGAUAUUUAAAAAUAUGUACUUUUAGAUACAUACAUCUUAUCAAUUAAUCAAUUCAUUUAUUUCAAUGUAUGUAACCAGCAAGGCCUCACUGAACCCUGGUCAAGACAGCAGCAGCUCAUUCCAACAAAGUUACAGACACACAAACACAUCAUUUAAAAGAUUCUGAGAAGAUAUCUGGGGUCAUGAAGCAGAAAUACCCAGUCAGUGCAUCUACAGCCUCAUGCAUCGUCCUCCAACACCUUCAACGUCCUUUUAAAACAUUUAGAGAGAGCAGGGUCUUUCGUCUACCACCAUUGGCCCUGUGGUCCAUCAAGGUGUUGUGAAGUGGAUGAUAACAUGUUCUUUAGAAUAGACUCCAUCUUCCUCAGUAUAGAUCUCUCCACCACAUCCUCCAGUGAGUCCAAUUUGAAUCCAACCACAGAGCCAGCUUUUUUUAAUCAGUUUGUUCAGACGUUUUGCAUCUUUGUGUUUGACGCUUCCUCCCCAGCAGACUGCAGCGUAGAACAGAACACUGUAGACACCACAGACUGAUAAAACAUCUGCAGUCUUACUACAGAUGUCUAUUGAUUGGAGUCUUCUCAGGCAAAAGAGGCGGCUCUGCCUCUUUUUGUAGAUCAAGUCUAUAUUCUUAGACCAGUCCAAAGAGUGAAGACUGUAGUUUCUGACAUUUUUCACAUGAAUUAUAUUACACAAAUCAGAGGGGAGCAAGUUAAGAAUUGUCUCCUAAAAAAGGACAUGCUGGUGAUUUAGUCGACAGAUAGACAGUGUUGACCAGCCAACUGGAUCAUCAGAGAACAGCUAUGAGUUAGAGACUUCAGAUUUGUAAUGAACCUCAGAGCUCCAUGGUAAACAGAAUCCAGAGAGUGGAGGCUUUGAUUUGAUGCAUGCAUAUAAAAAACCUUGUCAGUGCCAGUAAGAGGUAAAAAUGAGACUUAUUUUUCAAACUAAAGCCCAGUCUCAACUUCAACUUCUUUACAAGCUGCUGUCCUUUGUGUUUAAAAGACAAAGAGUCAUAGAGUCCAAGGUAUUUGUAAGAACGUGCAAUCUUAAUCACAUGACCUUGAGACAUAGUCAGCAGGUUUGUCUUCAAGUUUUUAACAUAAUUUUAGUUUUAUUGGGAUUUAAAUUCAAUUUCAACUCAUGAAAGGGGUCUUAGACAGUAUAAAAAGCAUCUUGUAAGUGACAGAGAGCCUGAUACUGUGUUAGAGCAGAACAGUAAAAUAACUGAAUCGUCUGCAUAUAAAUGUAAAUUUGCAUUAGAGACAUUUUGACCAAUACUGUUGAACCACUUUCCAGAGUGCUUUAAAAUCAGAUUAGAUCAAUUAAUACAGUCUUUGUGUACUCAUUUCUGGACAUUACACCCUGAAAAAGAGAACUAAAUGGGAAUUAAUUUGCCUUACUGUGUUUUUUGUGGUGCUCUGUGUUUCAGCUGUACAGGGUCAAAACGGCUGGAGGGUGAGCUACUCUCGUGUUAGCAUCUGUGCUGUAGAAGGAUCGACGAUGGAAAUAAGCUGCACCUUCACAUAUCCAGCAGUGGUUAAUGGUUUGUCCACUACAGUUGAGAGAGCAUUCUGGUUUACCAAACUGAAGGAUGGUGAGCCUUUUGACCUGCGGGCCGACUCUGAGUAUGCUGGUCGAGUGCAGUUUCAUUGUGAGGGGGAUCGCUGCACUCUGAAGAUCACAGACCUGAGAGAGAGUGACUCGGCUAUGUACAAGUUCAGGUUCAUGACAAACCAACCAAGUGGAAGUUAUUCUGGUGAGAGAGGAGUCUCUUUGUCUGUGGCAGGUAAGAAAAUACCUUAAUAACAGCAUAUCGUCAGUAUACCUCUGUCUGUUGGUCAUUGUUUUGUUGUGAAUCCAGGUUUUCAGGUACAGUUAAAAAAAAAAUCAUCAGGAUGCAUGAUCGGAAGCUGCACAAAAAACAACUAUAGGUGUUUCAGCAGAUGUUACCUGCCUGGUCUGUCUCCCUACAUCUGGUACAAGAAUGGAGAAAAUUUAAAGAAAAGUGACUCUUCUCUCUCCACAACCUCUUAUUCUGCGGACGGGUAUUCUUGUGCUGCAGAAAAAUAUGAAGACACCCCUUCACCUCAAGUCUGUGAGUUUACCCAACAAUGUGAUACUGUGGUUAAGUUUUUGAUAUUCUGUAUGACAACUACUUUUAUUAAUUAAAACUUGAUUUUCUUCCCAGGUGGCCAUGGACAUUCAUGCCACAGAGUGAUGUACACGGACAGAAAAAUCUGUGCAUUCAAAGGAUCGUCAGUGAACAUUUCUUGCACUUACAACAGUAAUGGGGGGACCACAUCCAAGUUUUGGUUCAGUCCCAACCAUGCUCAUCAUUGGUGGUAUCAUUUACGACCUGAAGACUUAAUCAACGACUUUCAUUAUGCUGAUCGUGUUCAGGUUUUUGAAACAAACACAGGACUCUCCACUCUGAGAAUCUCUGACCUGAGAGACAGUGACUCAGCAGAAUAUCGCUUCAAAUUCAGAACAAGAGAUUUUGAAUGGAAGAGCCAAUUACCUGGUACAACUCUGACCGUCAAAGGUAAUCUAUAAAUGAUUAUUUAGUUAUUGUGGAUGAUUUAAUCUGGAAAGUAGUGUGUUUGUAAGGAGAUAAUGAAUUUUGAUGCGGGAAAUGUGAUGCUACCCUGCAAACCAAUCACAGGUGUCGCUCAGUUUCUGCAGUGUUUAAAUAUAUAGUUACAUUUUUUUAAGGAGUUGAAAGUUAGACCUUGGAUUUUCAUCCUUUUUGUAGAUACUCAAACUUAAGCAGCCUAAAAAAUGUGGGCAGGUUUUUUCCAUUGUUCUUGUUGUAUAACUGUUGGCUGGGAACUUGUUUUAUAUGUAUAUUUUAUUAGAGCUGAUUUUCAGCAGCCAAAAAUAAAAUCCCAAUCAGGAAAGCUCUAACGUCAUUAACUUAAAGUUUACCUGUCCAUCACUGUUUUCUUGCCAAGGCUUAAAUAGGAGUAGGUGAAAUUACUAUGGCUAUGUCCUCUUCUUUUAUAUGUAGUCUAUGAUAAAAACAAGUUAUUGCAUGGGGUGAUUAAAUGUGUCUACAGCUUGUUGUUGUAGCUUCAACUUUAAACAGGGAGUUAAUAGGACUUUUCUCUUUGUACAGAUCCAGACUUGCAGGUGCAGGUUGUCUGGUCUUCCACUGGUCCAAAGCUGAUUUGUCACAGCAGCUGUAUCCUCGGUGGUCGUUCUCCCUUUUUUUGGUUCAAGAAUGAAACAAGAGUCAUGGAAGAAAAGUCGUCGUCUUACAGAGGAAAUGUUGACUCAGCAUAUCUUUAUUCCUGUGCUUAUAUGGGUUUCCGCUCCAUGCCAGUGUGUAAGUUAUUAUAAUACUUAGUCUGCAUCAGUUCUUUUCACACCAAGGACUCCUAUAUGUCCAAAAACUUGCCAAGGGAUUAUUUGAGAAUGUUUUAUCCAUUGUGUCAGUCAAACUAAAGCUUGACUGUUAAAACACCUGGAACAAUUUUAGCUUGACUAAACUUGGACUUAGUGGUAUAACACAAAAUUGGACUGAUUUACUUGUUUUUUUUGCCACGUAUUUUCUUAUUUAUUUAUUCCCUUUACAUAGCAACAGGAAGCAACAGGAAGGAUACAAUCAAACAGAAAAUAAUAAUGACAAUAAUAAUAAUAAUACUAAUGAUAAUAAUAAUAAUAAUAAUAAUAAUAAUAAUAAUAAUAAUAAUAAUAAUAAUAAUAAUAAUAAUAAUUAAAUAGAUAAAAACAAAUCUACAUGAACAUCUGCAUGUACAUUUUAUGCUCCCAUACACACAUAAACUUUGGAAAUUUCAUUUUUAAAGUUUUCACAAUUUCAAAAUUCAUCAGCUCAGAAAGAGUUUAAUCCGCCUCAUCUUUUGUGCACAAGAGCAAGAAAAUUGUCCCAUACCUCAUUAAAGGCCUUUGGGUUCUUCUUCAAAUUAUACAUUAAUUUUUCCGGUGGAAUAUAAGAGGAAAGCUCAUUCAGCUUUCACUUAACUGCAGCUAUUAACGCCAUUUUAACAAAUCUGAUAUUAUAUUCAAAAUGUAAAGGUAGUAUGGAAUCAUCUCCCAGUCAUACUAACCUUGGAUUUAGAGCGAAUUCAAAAUCGAUAACUUUUUCAAUAGUGGCUUUGACAGUUUGCCAGAACUCGUUCAGAUGAGAGCAUGACCAAAAUGUGAACAAGAGAGCCAGUCUCUAUUUUGCAUCUGGGGAACAAAGCCGAGCGAUCGGGGUUCAUUUUACUCAGACUUUGUGAUGUUUGAUAUACUGGAUCAAUCAAAUUAAGUUGUUGCAGUCUGUGAUGACUAUUAAACAAAAAUGUCAGGCUCUUUCGACAGAUUGUUUUCCACUGUUUAUCCUUAAUUUCAAUCCCAAGGUCUUGCUCUCAUGGAGGCUUUGGCCCUACUGGACCACAAUUAGAAGACUUUAAUAAUAUUUUGUACAGAACCGGAACAAAUUUCUUUACAUCUUUACCCACUGUGUUGGCGUCCAUUUCCAAAGGGUAUAAAGGCAUUACUUUUCCACCUUGCUGAAAACUUAUAUAGUCUCUGACCUGUAGGUACUUAAAAAUGCCUGAGAUCCAGGUAAAAUUUUGAUCUUAACUGUUUAAAAGAUAAUAACAUCCCAUUAUCUAAUAUCUUCCAUAUCUAAUAAGGUGAGAAGAAAGGGGGUUUACCCGACGGGAGCCUUGCAGGAAACAUUCUGGAACCACCACUUCACAGACAAUCAUUAAACACUAUAAAAGCAGAUGAGCAAAAACUCUAUGUCGUGUCUCUAUCUUACCUUUGUUUUUUCAUAUCCUCGCCCUCAGAUGCUCCAACAACUCCCUUGAUGCUGAUGAGUUCCAGUGGAGACAUUUUGAAGGGCAGUUCAGUGACUCUGACCUGUAGCACUGACGCUAACCCGGCACCUAAAUACACCUGGUUUAAGGGAAAUCAAUCACUGCUCAGUGAAGAACCACACAUGAACCUCAACUCCAUUCAGUUAUCUGACUCUGGAGAGUAUUACUGCAUGGCUGAGAAUGAGCUGGGGAGAAGGAAGUCUAAACACAUGUUAGUUGAUGUGAAAUGUGAGUAAAAUAGCUUUUCUAUAAGUAUGAAAAGAUUUGGAAAUGGCAGGCUGAUUAAAUCCUGUUAAUAACAGACAGGCUUUGCAGAUCACACUCUCUCUCUUUAGGGGAUGCUGCAGUAAAAUGUAUCAUAAUGUUCAGGGGAAUUCCAACAUCACUAUUCCACACAGGACCUUUCAAAGUUACAGAAGCUGCUUUAUACCUAAUUUUAAUGUGAAACUUUUUCUUCCAGAUGGUCCAGAGAGUGUGACUUUGUCUGUGAGUCCCUCUGCUAACAUAGCGGAGGGCAGUUCAGUAAAUCUGACCUGCAGCAGUGAUGCUAACCCCUCUGCUACUUACACCUGGUACAAGGAAAACCUAACACUACUCCAAGGACCAGCAAGCAUUUAUAGUUUUCCCUCCAUCAGCUCUGACGAUAUUGGGACCUACUUCUGCACAUCAAAGAAUGGAUUUGGACAUGUGAAGUCUUCGCCCCAGUUUUUAGAUGUCCAGUGUGAGUUUAACAGCAUUAGCAAACAAUUAGAUUAAAAGGAGGGACAAUAGCAGAACAUCUUGCUAUGCUUGGCAAUCAUUUCACAUGAUGUUCCUACAUGUUAAGAUAAGAUGUUAAGGCAUGCAUUGUGUAUGACUUUAUACUUAUUUUCUCCAGAUGCUCCAAAGCUUCCCUCUGUGUCAGUGAGUCCCUCUGCUGAGAUAGUGGAGGGAAGUUCAGUCAAUCUGACCUGCAGCAGUGAUGCUAACCCAGCUGCUACUUAUAUGUGGUAUAAGGAGAAUGAAGAUGCACCAAGAGCUUCAGGACAGACCUUCACCAUGACUGACGUCAGAGCUGAACACAGUGGGAAUUAUUACUGUGAAGCCCGGAACAUGAGAGGGAGUCACAAAUCCUCCUCACAGUUGCUUGUAUUAGCACGUAAGUUAUGGGCUUUAACCUUUAUAAGAAUUUACUACUUCAAAUAUUUUUGAUGAAGUUCAAACCCGAUCAAAACUCUAUUUAAUCAACUUAAUCAUGAUGUCAAUCCUUUAUCCUGUAUUUGUUAACUUCAUUGUGGAAUUCCAGGUACCAGGAUUUCAGCAGCUAUAGCAUUGAUCUUCUGGAUUGUUCUCCUGGUGAUCAUAUUCCUUGUUGUCUUCCUAUGGCUCAGGUCAGCAAUUGUAUCCACCUCUUAUUAUGUUCAGAGAUGCAUCAUGAGAGCUUUCAUGCCCUCCCUGAAUUUACCCAUUGAAUAAUUCAGUUGUUUAUCCUCACAUCCAGAAAAAAGAAGUCCCCCACGAAUCAAUCUAAGGGUGGAGAGAGACUCCACAUCAGAGAACAGGUGAGAAAGCAAGAGGUUGAGUCAAACAUCUCUGUCCAAGAUUUAUACAAAAGCUUUUUAUCAUUUUUGGGAGUUAAUUUUCAUAAGAUGGAAUUUCCCAAAAUCACUGAAAAGGAUCGAUAGGUUUUGGCAUAAUAAUUGAGUAAAAUGCUGGUCAGCUUACCCUCUUUGUUGUGAAACCAGCUGCAGAAACUUGGCUGUCAGCUGCUGUCGAUGGGGCCAGGUUUUCCAACGUUAAGAAACUCAAACCCAGACACUAAGGGGGCUUUCACACCUAUGUCUUUGGUCCAGACAUAGAACUUUUCUGUUAAGUCCAAACCAAAAUGAUAGACGUGAAACCUCUCUGGGACCUUGGUCCGACCAAAGCAGGUGGUCUUGGAAGACUGUAGGCUAAUGCUAAUCAAUGCCUUCCUUGACCUGCAAAGGCUUUGAAUGUUGGGUUGGGAGAUCUGCUGGUGAUCAGUAGACAUUGCAAGGGAAAAAAAUGGAAUCUCGUAUCUUCAUCACAUCUCAGUGUGCGUCUCCUCUAUUUGCUCUCUUAGCCAACCAUCACUCCAGUGUAUGACAACCUGUCAGCUGCAGCACCGAGAAAAAUCCCACAACAGCCAGAAGCUCUUCGUAAAGCCAGUAUUCGCCACUUUCAGAACCAGGCAGAUGUUGUUUACUCCAACAUCAGACCAGCUUGGCCUCGCAGACAAACACAGAAACAGUACACUGAGGAUAGUGUCAAGUACACAUCUGUUAUAAUUAACUCUGCAAAUAGACCUCCAGGGUGAGUGGCUAAUACUCAUUUAAACUACUCAUAUUCAAAUUUAAAGUCCUUAAACCUAUCACACACUGAAAUGUGACUGUUUUCUUAUUUUUUCCUCUAUCAGAACAAGAAAUCAAAAGGCUGAAGAGGAUCCCUUCUCUCUGUACAGCACAGUGAAACCCAGAUAAACAUUUCUUAAAAACUGGGUUGUGUGCAGCAUCCAAGCAUGCAUGAAAGACAGAUAUGUGUGUACUGUUUGUGUAGUUUCUAUAGUUUUCUAUAUUUGUUGUGAGUUUUUUUUUAAUCCAAUUAUGAAAAAGUGUAGACUGGAUCCUAAUAACUAUGUGUACUCAAUGGCAUGCAUUGGGUGAAAAAGGAAUAUUACAACGUAAAACUAAUUAAGGAUCAAACACAUCGCAACACUGAGUUAGACACCCCCUCAAGAGAUGAAUGUUGCUGACCGCUUGCUUCUCUAGUUUUACCAACUUUAGUAACGACCGCAGGAUAGCAAUACACAGCAGUCUGAGGAGCCAUAAACAAACCUCGAUCAAAAAGGCACUCUAUAGCCACAAAUAAUGCUCAGAACAGCACCUAACUUCAUCAACAGUACAUAAAGGGUCCCAGCCACAGUACUAGCCACCAAACAUCUUUUUAGCUUUGCCUGAUUUCUUUAGCAAAGAGACUAAACACAACUCACCUACUCUUUUCCAGCAGCCGCUUGUUUGUAGCGAGAUCCCGGGCCAGUCCAUUACAGUGAAAAUGUGACACUCCUUUCCAUAUUCUUCAAAAUUUUCAUAUUAUCACUUUGUAUUAUAUCUUUGUUUCAUAUUGAAUUUUUGCUUCUUUUUCAGCCACCAGCAAUUAUCACGAUUAGUCAAUAGUUUCUUGUUUUCUCAAGAAACAAAUCUAUUUGUAACUUUCUGAUUGCCCUGUCUUUACCUUGCAUGUCCAACCACAAAUCCCUCUUCUCUUUAGGUUUAGUCUGUACAGCAGAGCUGUGCAGUAAUAUUAAAACUAAUCCAUCAGUCAAGACAAAGAAAGAACAAUAGUGCCAGAAAAAGACAUUGAAAAACCUCUGUAGUACCUCUGACAACGCAAAUUAGAGACACGUGAACCCUGACAAGCUGAAGAUGAAGAUGAAGCUCACUUCUGCUCAACUAUAUCUUCUGUUUUACUUUUACUCUGACCUAACACUUGAAGAAAUGUGGUAAACCUUGUCCCACAGUAUUAUUUCCUGAUUAUUUCCACAUUUGUUUAUUGUUUUAUUUGUAUUGAAUGGAUUUCGAAAUAAACUAGUUUCUUCAGGAUUAAACUCAUAGGUUCUUAUUGAGGGUUGUGGCGUGUCGUGUAAGUGUUCUUAUCCUCCACCUGAUGUACUUGCUGGUUUUAGGCUCAGUAUCUGUGUUGUGUGGGUAGCAAGUUAACUCAAGGCUUAAUGCUUGUGCUUGUGUUGGUCUCAAAUAAGGUGUUGUCAGAUGCACAGAUCAGGCAUUACUAUUUUAAGGAAGCAGAAACAGACUUACGGUGUGAGGAUGUAACUGCCCACUCUCAGUCUAUCUCUGCGGGAAAUCACAGUUGGCUCGUGUGCAGGAAGAGGGUGUCGGGGGCAGCUUAGGAGAGAGGUUCCAUGUCUACGUUGUAAGUGUGUCCUGGCUGGGGGUCAUUGGAUCAACAUGGUGCAAUCUAUCUUGAAGAGCUCUCCAGCUCUUCCUGUACACUCUUGGACUCUGGCUGACUGAAAACUCGGGCUCUGUCCUGCUCUGGUUUCUGUUCUGGUUCUCCCUGAUACCUGGUUUCUCCUGUGUCACUCUACCUAUAUUCUCAAACAUGCUGUCUCACACAUACACUCAACACUACUGAUAACAUCUUAGGUUACAUUACCUUUUUUUAAAUUUUGUUAAUCAUUUUUUGUUAAUGUCAAGUCCUGUUUGUUUCCAUUUCCGUCACAAUCUAUGAGCCCGGAUAUGACGCUAAAGUAAGAUUUUCUAGAAAUAGUACACCACGCUAUUAUGAUUAAGAUUCUCCAUCAGUGUCAGUUGGUAACUAAACUCAUGCAUAUUAAUAACAUAAAGAGGAAGGAAGCUGGACUUUCUGUAAAGGUGCUUUCUUCUGACGAGCACAGAGGGAAGCUUUCUGCCUGAAGAGACAACAUCUUCUCCUUGUAGGUACGAUUAUUCAUUGAAAUGGUUGAUAUUAUCAGCUGAAGAUAUCCACAGGUCGUGUGUAAUCCUGCUGAUUUGGUUAAUUUUCUCUGAAGUCCCAAAUCGAUGAGGGGAGGAGACAUGAGUUUGAAAGCAGCAGCAGCAAGUGGUUUGGUUAUCCUCUUUCUCUCUCUAUCAGGUACAGUAGAUCCUCAUUCACAUUGUUGGACAUAGUUUUAGGGGUUAUUGCACUUAUUCAUGAAAGACUGAAGUUUUCUAAAUUUCUUAGCAGUUGUCGAUAUGGGAUUCAAAUCUGUUUAAGAUACUAUUUCUGUUUUAGCGAAUGAACAGUUGAAUUACUUCCAAGUAAAAUCACCAUCCUUUCAUUUGAGUGGUUUGAAACGUUACACUGUAAGUUUAGUUUUGUACUGCUUAAUUUUUUUUUAAUAGAGGAUCUGGAGGAUUCAGUAAGUGAAUAAAUACGCUAAAAAUGUCAGUAUUUCUUACAUGGACUCAGAAAAAGGAACCAAAUUGCAGAUGUAUCACAGACGUCAGUGUGAUAUUUCCAUUCCCGCUGUGGUUAUGAGUUAACAGGUUUUCUAAGAAUAGUCGUAAAGUGUCUUUUCAAGCACAUUUGCUCUUAUUUUUUCUUUUAUUUAUAAUUCAACACUAAUCUGACCACAGAGUGAUCAGAGACAUCUAAACUUACCGCUCAUGUCCAGUGAAUUCAUAAUCUUUGAUCAAACAGUCAAUGUCAGCCUUUAAAUUUGUUCUUUUUGUCUGUUUGCAGAAAUUUAACAGGAGUAGAAGAAAAACAAAACCUUUGUAAAGGAACAUUUAGAUUUUAGAUGAGUCUGUUGAACAGUUUGCAGUGGGAAUUUCAGCAUUGGUGUUCUUUUUGUUUCAGUGAUUCAGGGUCAAAAUGACUGGAGUGUGACUUACCCAAAGACUCAGAUCUGUGCCUUAAAAGGAUCAACAGUGGACAUACCUUGCACCUACACAUAUCCAUCAGUAAUAAAUUGUCAAACUACUGAAGUUCAAAGCAGAUGGUGGUGUACCAAAGAAAGUUGUUGCAAACCUAUGGAACUGAGAUCAGACUCAGGAUAUUCCGAUCCCUCAGGGUAUUAUUUUCAUGAGAAUGACUGCACUCUGAGAAUUAAUAACCUGAGAGAGAGCGACUCAGCUGAGUACAAGUUCAUGUUCACAACAAACCAACCAUGGGGAAUUUAUACUGGAGAACCAGGAGUCACUUUGACUGUCACAGGUAACACUUACAUUCUUUUUUCUUAUACAUUUCUUUUCUAUCCGGGAAAAAAGUAUAUGGUAUUUGUGUAUUUGAUUGAUCUUGUCUGAGAUGACAUUUCAGUUCUUUAUCCAUCCAGACCUGCAGGUGGAAGUUAUAAGAUUUUCGUACAACCAGGCAGAGCUGAGGUGUACCAGCAGCUGUAGUGUGGCUGAUAAUCCUUCAUAUGUCUGGUACAUUAACGGACAUAAAAUGGAUGAGGAGACGUCUACUUUGACAGUUUCUGUGAAUAACAACAAAUAUUCCUGCACAGUAAAAGGACAGGAUAAAUAUGGCUCUCCUGCAGUGUGUAAGUUUACACACUGUAACACUUGUACUUUUGUGUUUAUUGUUGUAAAAACUGUAACUUUAAAGUCAAAAGGGUGGACAAAUGUCUUCUCUGUUGGUCUGUGAUACUACUACAAGUAUGAAAGUUUUCCCAUAUGUUGACUUUUUCACCAAACGAAAAGUGUCUUUGCACAUGUCUUUGGUACAGAUGCUCCAGCUCUUCCCUCUGUGUCAGUGAGUCCCUCUGCUGAGAUAGUGGAGGGUAAUGAUGUGACUCUGACCUGCAGCAGUGAUGCUAACCCAGCAGCUACUUACACCUGGUACAAGACAAAUGUCCAUCAACCUCAGACUAAAGGAGCCCAGCUGGUCUUCAGAAACAUCCAGCCCUCUGACUCUGGAGAGUUUUACUGUGAUGCUGAGAAUCAGCUUGGGAGGAGGAGAUCUCAUAGCAUCUCCAUUAAUGUGAAAUGUGAGUUUGACUUCUUGUUCAUUGUCAGCAACAAUUUUUUAGAUUAUGUUUGAACUUGUAUCUCUUAAUUGUGUGUCCUGUCCUCAUAUUAAGCUGUUGUUUCUUGUAUAAACCAGUAAAGAUGAAUCAGAUGAAAACUCUGAACACUGUAGUUUGGUCCAUGAGAUUUAUAAUUACUGUAAACAUAAAUCUAACAAUAAUGAAGCUUUAGUUGUCAGUUGUUUUAAAAUAUAUCGUCUCUUGAUAACAUCACACUGGACACAGAGACCAUUGAAGUGAAUUAUUUUUCAUUUCCUCUCCUCCAGAUGCUCCAAAGAGCUGCUCUGUAUCUGUGAAUCCCACUGGUGAAAUCAGAGAGAACAGUUCAGUGACUCUGACCUGCAGCAGUGACGGUUACCCAGAACCAGAGUAUACCUGGUACAAAGAGGGGGGUCAUGGACAUCUCAGGAAAGGAUCAGAGCUUGUUUUUAGAUCCAUUCAGUCCUCUGACUCUGGAUACUAUUACUGUAGAGCAAGUAAUGGUCAAGGGACGGUGAGGACGUCUCGGUCCACUUCUAUUGAUGUAAAAUGUGAGUGAAGCAACCUUCAACAUAUUUUUAGUGUUUGUCUUUAUUUGCUGAUCACCUGUCUGCUUCCUUCAGCUCUGUCUGCUUUAAAUUUACAAUCUGUGGAUAUUAGACACUGAGCACCUACAGUAAAUGACAGAGAAGUGCUUUUAUAUAAAGUUUGACCAGUUAAUAUAGAGUUUGAGCAGUUAUUGUAUCUUUGUACUGACUAUUCAGACAGUUAAAUGUCUAUGUGGGUUUAAAACUCAGAUGUUUUCUCCUUCAGAUGCUCCAAAGCUUCCCUCUGUGUCAGUGAGUCCCUCUGGUGAGAUCGUGGAGGGUGAUUAUGUGACUCUGACCUGCAGCAGUGAUGCUAACCCAGCAGCAGCUAAACACAGCUGGUAUAAAAAGACUGGACAUAGAGGCACACUUGUCAGCUCCAGAACAACACUUUACUUCUGGCCCAUCAAAGCCUCAGACUCUGGAGAGUAUUACUGCACAGCUGAGAACAGGCUGGGCAGUAGGGUCUCUGAAUCCUCUGUCAUUGAUGUGAAAUGUGAGUAAAACAGCUCAUUGAAAACCUUAAAAAACCUGAUUUAUAGACGGAGGUCUGGAUGUAAGAAAACUAAUUAAAUCUGUGAUGCUGAAAGUCUGAGAAAACAACGAAGAUUUGCAUCAUUGCUUUAUGUAGUUGGCAGGAUCAUAAAAUGUUUAUUGUAAAAGUUAAAAAGGCAAUAUUUAAAUAUUAUAUUACCUUUGUGAUAAAAAAAAUCUCUAUAUUGUGGUUUAACAAACACCUUUUCCUUCCAGAUGCCCCCAAAAUGAAACAAAUAUCAGUGAGUCCCUCUGCUGAGAUAGUGGAGGGUAAUGAUGUGACUCUGACCUGCAGCAGUGAUGCUAACCCAGCAGCUACUUAUACCUGGUACAAGAAGACUAGAUACCAGCCAUAUGGAUAUCCCAGAAAAGGACCACAGCUUGUCCUCAGGUCCAUCCAGUCCUCUGACUCUGGACAGUAUUACUGUGAAGCUGAGAACAACCAGGGGACGAGGACAUCUCAACUCGUCUCUAUUGAUGUGAAAUGUGAGUGAAACAGUUUUCAUUAAAAGCUCCAUUAAGAUGAUGACUGUGAGGAUUUUGAGGCUCUCUCAGCUGGUCACACACACACACACACACACACACACACACACACACACACACACACACACACACACACACACACACACACACACACACACACACACACACACACACACACACUUGUUUUAUGGGACUUGACCAGAUCUGGAUUAGAGUGUUUAUUCAUGACUUUAAAUUCUUUAAGUUUUUAAUCUUUACCUCUUAAUGUAACGGGGUGUCCAUGGUAACCCUGAUGAGAAAGUGAAUAGUUGUAAAUGUUAUCAGGCGGCUAAAAUUCUUAAUGACUCACAUAAAAGCCUUACUUAAUUGUUGAAGCGAUCGGAUUUUACAGCACAUAGAGUCUUAAAGGACCUUCAGCCUGGUCAGAAAAUAAUAAGAGAUACACGUUCUUACAGGACAUCACAGCUGUAAAAAUAAAAUGUAUUUCCUGUAUUUUACGAGUCAUUUGGACAUCUCAUCACUCAAACGUCUAAAUGUUAUUUUAUGUUUUAACAAAGAUUUUUAUUCCACUCGUCAGAUCCUCCAAAGCUUCCCUCUGUGUCAGUGAGUCCCUCUGCUGAGAUAGUGGAGGGUAAUGAUGUGACUCUGACCUGCAGCAGUGAUGCUAACCCAGCUGCUAACUAUACCUGGUACAAGAAGAAUGAAAACCCAGACCCUCAACCUACAGGAGAAGGACUACAGCUCCUCUUCGAACCCAUCAAGUCUCAUGACUUUGGACAGUAUUACUGUAGAGCUGAGAACAAGCUGGGAAAGAGGACAUCUAAAUACAUCACUGUUGAUGUAAAAUGUAGGUAGAACAGCUCAUUUAAAGGGACAUAAGUAUGAUCAACAUCACUCAACCAAAUAUCGUCCAUAGCUCUGCCACUCAAUAAUCUUGUAAAUCAAAUCAAAUUUGUUCAUCUUUCUCCAGAUCCUCCAAAUCUUCCCAAUAUAACAGUGAGUCCCUCUGCUGAGAUAGUGGAGGGCAGUUCAGUGACUCUGACCUGCAGCAGUGAUGCUAACCCAGCUGCUAACUUUACCUGGUUUAAGGAGCAUGAAGACUCACCAACAGCAUCAGGACAGAUCUUCACUAUAAACAACACAAGACCUGAACACAGUGGGAAUUAUGUUUGUCUUGCCCAAAAUGAAAGAGGACGUCAUAACUCCACAGUUCAUCUGACUGUUGAGGAAGGUAAGUUGAAGACAGAACUUCACAUAUUCUAAAGAACAUGGAUCACUCACUUCAUAACACCUUAAUGGACCAAAGGGCCAAUGGUGGUGGACGGCUCCUCUCUCUUCGCUGCAGGACAGAAAGAUUCAGAAGAUCUUUUGUACCAACAGCCAUCAGACUUCAUAAUUCUUCUGUAAAUAGUAGAUGACUUUUUGAGACAUGACAAAUAAGACUACAGGCAGUUUAAUUCCCCUUUGGGGAUAAAUAAAGUUAUUCUCAUCUUAUCUUCUUACGAGUCUUAAGAUGUCAACUGAGUCAAGACAAAUAGUUCUCGUCAAACUCUCUGGUUGAAUUUGAACAGCUGUUCAGUGUGGAAAAGAGAAGGCACAUUACUGUCCCGUCAUAUAAAGAUUCACUGGUCUUUAAUAAAUCUUAAAAAGUCUUAACUGUGGUUCAAAAAGAAAAAUGUGCGGAUACCCUGUCCAUCAUGGCAGACUCUGACUACAUGAUUGACUGACUAUCACCAAGUGGAAAAGUUAUUUAAAGAUCAAAUCCUGUCCUAUGAUGUCUCACAUAUAUCUCUUUAUUUCCAGGUAUUAACUUAUCUUUAACACUGAAUAUCAUCAGGCUAAUUCUGUUGGUCCUCAUGAUGAGUCCUCUGCUUGUCCUGACUCUGUGGAAGAGGUAAAACCACAUGAAAUCAUCAUUUUUCAUGAAUUUUCCACCUUAAAAAUGUUGAUUUGUUGACUCAAUCCAGGCUGAGGAAGAAAACCCUGAGCUCCACUCAUAAACCACAUGAACCUGCAGAGAUGAUAGAGGUGAGACACAGAGAGUUGAUGAGAAACAAAAUCUCUGUUUCUCUCUCAAAAUGAUACUCUGAAUGUGGAUCUAGAUCAAGCAGGAAUCAAAGUUUUAGAGAAAUAUGACAAGUGGAAACAGGUUUCCUUCUUUUCAAAACAAAACUCCAUUAUGAAAAACAAAACACUGAAACACAUCAUCUGUCCUCAGCUGGACUCUGAUCCUGACUAUGAGAACGCCUCAGCUGUUACUGCAGCACAGACUGAAGACCCAGAGGAUCAGGAAGUCACGGUGUGAAGUCCAGUCAGGUUCAAGUCUCCUACACUGAGGGAAACAGACUGACUUCAGAUUUAUGCUCACAGUUACAAGAGUGGCUCUAGUUCUGUACUGUUUUCAUAUUUUCAGAUGCAGUGUGAGCAGAGGCUGUGGAGGAGCCGUUUACCUGAAUGCAUCACACAUUGAAGCUUUUUUCCUGUCUUGUAAAUUCUGAAAUAAGUACCAGGGGUUUCAUGAAUGCUUAAUUUUACUGAUUGCCAAGUUCACAAAAUAAUCGUUAAAUUUUUGAGAAAGACAGAGACAGAGUGGUACCAGUGAACUAUGAAAGUUAUAUUGCCUGCACACACAGACUUUGAUGGAGUUACCAUGAACUGUGUUAAACAUUGACAUAAUCUGUAAUCUAAAUUUCUAUCUGACGAAACAAAAAGGUGGAGCUGAGACAGGUCUUAAGCUAGGGUGACCAUACGUCCUCUUUUACCCGAACAUGACCUCUUUUUUGGGGGCUGGCUUAAUAUCUUGAAAACUACUGAGUUAAAAAAAGAAAGGGUGAAGACAGAAAAAUGAGCUUUUCAGACCAAAAACUUUUAUUUUUUACCAGGCUGUAAUCAUGUUUGUAUUUGCUGUUAAGAUGGGCUUUUAGAAUGGGUGUGUAUAUGGCUCAUGAAGUCAGCCUCAAGUGGACACUGGAGGAACUGCAGCUUUUAGCACUUACGUAUUGACUUCAUUUCUGGAGACUGGAAGUUGUCACUUGGGUGGACCCUGCUAGCUGUGACUAUCAUCUUCACAUAUGAACUCAGGUCACAGAAUAUUAUACACCAACACAAUAUCAGGGUUUUUCCUGGCUCCACAUGGAUCUGAGGUGUUGAUCUCCUACCUUUGUGCACACAGCAGCACACGUGCUCAACCAAACGCUUUUACAAAGGACAUAUUUGAUCAGUUUGAAUCACUGUACAAGCAGAGAAAAGACAGCCUCACAUUAAAGCAUGUUCUGUAUAUCAUCAUUUUUAAGACUUCAAAUAAAAAUUUUGUCUGGAGGACAUUUUGGUGUAUUCUUAUGCUUUAAUCUAUCAGGACAUUAUCUGUAAAGUUUUGAAGGAGACUUAUUCCAUUUAAAUAUGUGUCUGUUAUGUUCUGCAUGUUUAUCAUUCAUAUGUAAGUGUGGUGAUAGUUAUUGAAGACAGAGAUCCAUGUCUUCAUCUAAAUUCAGCUCUCUCACCUCUGGGAGUUAUAAAUCAUCUUUAUUAUUAUUAUUAUUAUUACAGUUGGAAACCUUUUUGGUUUGUUGUUGUACCGUAGACUGCUGCCUUGUAAUAUCAUCCCCAGGUCUGCUCUACAGUUUACUGAUAUGUAGCCUCAGCUUCUCUUUCUUGUAACAUCUUACUACUUUUUCAUCCUUUUAUAUGAUCAGUUUCUAUUUUUCCAUAAUAUCUGUACACUUGUACCCUUUUUUCCCUUCUCUAAACUUCACGUAGUCUCAGCAGAUGACUGUCUAACAUGAAUCUGGUUCUGCUCGAGGUUUCUGCCUGUUAAAGGAAGUUUGUUCCUCUCCACUGUAACUUUCUAAAUUCUGCAAAGCCUUUCACUCCUGUGGUUGAAAAUGGGAGUGGGUCUGAUCUUACAAGAUGGGGCUCAAUCUGGUCCCAUCUUCACUCUGGGUCAUUGUAAAUAGAGUCUGGUCCAGACCAGGGUUUUCCUGUCAAGUUUGUUGGGAUAACACUUGCUGUGAAUUUACGCUGUAUAAACAGAGAUUGAUGGAUUGGUUAUCUCCUUUUGAUCCGUCAUAUAAACAAUUAGAUGUGCUCUGAAUAUCAGCUGAUACAACUCUGUUCUUUUUUAUUUCUAGUGUUUGAGAUACAAUCUUUUUAAGCCAGUGUAAGUGAUUGCAUACAAAAGCAGGUGUGAGCUGCCUUAACCCUACUUCAGCCUGAGGUCCACCCUGCAUAUGUGCAGAUUGUUUUUUGUCCUGAGUGUCAGUGGUACUUCUGUUGCAGCUCUGUCUUUUGACACCUACAGAUCCACACAGCUCAUUGGCGUUUGCUGCAGCUGCUGCAUUCACUUAUUUUCUAACUGCACACCCAAAUAUUUUUUCUAUUUUUAUUCCUUCUUUGCAAUAAUUACAGUUUGAUGUUCACUUCACUCAUUUCAUUCAAUAAUUGUGCUCCAACCUCACUCCUCUAACAUCAUCAGAGCCGUAUUUUAAAUGUACAACCCUCCUCAGAUGACGUCACUGUAUUUAUGAGAUGAAGAAGAAGGAAGGUGGAUCAGUUUCACUGCUAGACCUCUUCCUGUUGAAGACCACAGAGGAACAUUGUCUCCGUAGAGACAACAUCUUCUCCCUGCAGUCAGUAAAAUUAUUUAUUGAUAUGAUUGAUAUUUAUUUGAACAGAUUAUGUACUGUCCUCUUCCUGGUGACAUUUCUUUGCUCUUUAGUCGAACAGAGAUGAGAAGAGCAGCUAUGAGUUUGAAAGCUGCAGUGAGUGAAUUGAUCCUCUUUCUUCUCUCUGUAUCAGGUACUGUAUAUUCUCAAGAUUUUAUUGCACAUAAUCUGGACAGGACUCAUUUUUAUCACAUGUAAGAGUAGAUUCCUCAAGUGUACAGUUUUCAAGACUCAAUGUUUAAGAGGUUUGGAGUAAAACUAGUCAUUUGUGGAGUCAUAAGCGGAGCUGUUGUUUGUAUAUCUAAAGGAUUCAGUCGUUUUAGAGUGAUGGUGUCAGUAUUUCUUUAUCGAUUGUACAAAACAGCGAGAACUAGAGAAAAGAACUAAACUUUGCAGAUGCACAAAGUUUUUAGCUGAUGACUGUUUCACUUUGUUCACAGUUAACUGUUUUUCUGAGAAUCAGCUUAUGGGAGUUUUCGCUCAAACAUUUGUGGUCUUUAGUUCCUUUGUGCUUUGCACCAAUCAGACCACAAACUGACCAGAGAGGAAACGAGAACACUCAACACCCUGAGGAGAUGCACUUACACUCAUGUGUUUACAUCUGCUAAAUGCAGAGAUAAAACCAUAGAAGUCAUGAACCACAGUUGAAUAAACAUUUUAGAUUAAUCUGAAUCAAAUAAGUUUGAGGCCGAAAGCUUUACAACAAAGAAUUUGGUUUUGAGUCCUGCAGCAGGUUUCAAUGUAAGAGAAAAAAUACUUGUUGAGUCUUUCCUCUGUUCAAUGAUCCUCAUGUAGUUUUCUGAUGUUCUUUGUGUUUCAGUGGUUCAGGGUCAAAACGACUGGAGUGUGACUUACCCUAAAACUCAGAUCUGUGCCUUAAAAGGAUCAACAGUGGACAUACCUUGCACCUACACAUAUCCAUCCAGAGUAAAUGAGCUUGACACCAAAGUUGAAGAAAGGCUCUGGUUUACUAAAAGGAAUGGAAACCAAUUUGUAGAUCUGAUAACAGACCCUGACUAUAAAGAUCAUGUAGAGUAUAAUCAUAAUGAGAAUGACUGCACUUUGAGAAUCAAAGAUCUGAGAGAGAGCGACUCAACUGAGUACAAGUUCAGAUUCACAACAAACCAAUCAGGUGGAAGUUAUACUGAACAACCAGGAGUCACUUUGACUGUCACAGGUAACUUUUUUUUGUUUUACAUUUUUUUGUAUCUGGAAUUAAAAAACUGCUAAAAAAAAAAAAAGACUGCUGGGGUCCUGGCACAUUUAGCACCUUUCCCUCCUUCUUCAUCUUCUUUCAUUUGUGGCAUCAUCUUUGAAUCAUCAUGUCCGAUUAGAGCCACUGAUACAGUCUCUUCUGGGAGUCCCUGUGCUCCAUCAUGUCCUAGGUUCCUCUGGAUCGCUGCAUCAGACGUUUUGUUUCAGUGGUCCUGCCUGCUUUCCAGCUGCUUCAGCUACAUGCAUCCCACCAUCUCACCUCUGUCCUUGUCUCUCUUUCUGCAUCUCCCUCUCUAAACCAAAGACAGUCUCAGCAGAUGACUGUCUAACAUGAGGGUGUUAGAGGUUUCUGCCUGAGGUUUCUGUCUGUUAAAGGAAGUUUUCCCUGUCCACUGUAACUUGAUAAAUGCUGCAAAGUGUUUCACUCGUGGUUGAAGAUGGGAGAAGGUCUGAUCUUACAAGAUGGGGCUCAAUCUGAUCUCAUCUUUACACUGGGUCUUUGUAAAUAGAGUCUGAUCCAAACCAGCUUUUCUUAAAGGAUCUUGGUAUAAUGAUUGUGAAUUGGCACUAUAAAAAAUGAUUGAUAUUUAAAUUGUCUCAUCCGAGAUGACAUUUCAGUUCUUUAUCCAUCCAGACCUGCAGGUGGAAGUUAUAAGAUCUUUAAACAACCAGGCAGAGCUGAGGUGUACCAGCAGCUGUAGUGUGUCUGAUAAUCCUUCAUAUGUCUGGUACAUUAACGGACAUAAAAUGGAUGAGGAGACGUCUACUUUAAGAGUUUCUGUGAAUGACAACAAGUAUUCCUGCGCAGUAAAAGGACAGGAUAAAUAUGGCUCUCCUGCAGUUUGUAAGUUUACACACUGUAACACUUGUACUUUUGUGUUUACUGUUGUAAAAACUGUAACUUUGAAGUCAAAAGGGUGGACAAAUGUCUUCUCUGAUGGUCUGUGAUACUACUACAAGUAUGAAAGUUUUCCCAUAUGUUGACUUUUUCACUAAAUAAAAAGUGUCUUUGCACAUGUCUUUGGUACAGAUGCUCCAAAGCUUCAGCCUGUGUCAGUGAGUCCCUCUGCUGAGAUAGUGGAGGGUAAUGAUGUGACUCUGACCUGCAGCAGUGAUGCUAACCCAGCAGCUACUUAUACCUGGUACAAGACAAACGUCCAUCAACCUCUGACUAAAGGAGCCCAGCUGGUCUUCAGAAACAUCCAGCCCUCUGACUCUGGAGAGUUUUACUGUGAAGCUGAGAAUCAGCUUGGGAGGAGGAGAUCUCGUCGCAUCUCCAUUAAUGUGAAAUGUGAGUUUGACUUCUUGUUCACUGUCAGCAACAAGUUUUCAGAUUAUGUUUGAACUUGUAUCUCUUAAUUAUGUGUCCUGUCCUCAUAUUAAGCUGUUGUUUCUUGUGUAAACCAGUGAGGAUGAAUCAGAUGAUAACUCUGAACACUGUAGUUUGGUCCAUGAGAUUUAUAAUUACUGUAAACAUAAAUCUAACAAUUAUGAAGCUUUAGUUGUUCGUUGUUUAAAAUAUAUCGUCUCUUGAUAAAAUUUAAACUGGACACAGAGACCACUGAAGUGAAUUAUUUUUCAUUUCGUCUCCUUCAGAUGCUCCAAAGCUUCAACCUGUGUCAGUGAGUCCCUCUGGUGAGAUAGUGGAGGGUAAUUAUGUGACUCUGACCUGCAGCAGUGAUGCUAACCCAGCAGCAGCUAAACACAGCUGGUAUAAAAAGACUGGAAAUAGAGGCACACUUGUCAGCUCCAGAACAACACUUAACUUCUGGUCCAUCAAAGCCUCAGACUCUGGAGAGUAUUACUGCUCAGCUGAGAACAGGCUGGGCAGUAGGGCUUCUGAAUCCUCUGUCAUUGAUGUGAAAUGUGAGUAAAACAGCUCAUUGAAAACCUUAAAAAACCUGAUUUAUAGACGGAGGUCUGGAUGUAGGAAAACUUAUUAAAUCUGUGAUGCUGAAAGUCUGAGAAAACAACUAAGAUGUGCAUCAUUGCUUUAUGUAGUUGGCAGGAUCAUAAAAUGUUUAUUGUAAAGGUUAAAAAGUCAAUAUUCAAUCAUCAUAUUACCUUUGUGAUUAAAAAUCUCUAUAUUGUGGUUUAACAAACACCUUUUCCUUCCAGAUGCCCCCAAAAUGAAACAAAUAUCAGUGAGUCCCUCUGCUGAGAUAGUGGAGGGUAAUCAUGUGACUCUGACCUGCAGCAGUGAUGCUAACCCAGCACCUACUUACACCUGGUACAAGACAAAUGUCCAUCAACCUCAGACUAAAGGAGCCCAGCUUGUCUUCAGAAACAUCCAGCCCUCUGACUCUGGAGAGUUUUACUGUGACGCUGAGAAUCAGCUUGGGACGAAGAGAUCUCGUCGCAUCUCCAUUAAUGUGAAAUGUGAGUUUGACUUCUUGUUCAUUGUCAGCAACAAUUUCUUAGAUUAUGUUUGAACUUGUAUCUCUUAAUUGUGUGUCCUGUCCUCAUAUUAAGCUGUUAUUUCUUGUGUAAACCAGUAAAGAUGAAUCAGAUGAUAACUCUGAACACUGUAGUUUGGUCCAUGAGAUUUAUAGUUACUGUAAACAUAAAUCUAAUAAUAAUGAAGCUUUAGUUGUCAGUUGUUUAAAAUAUAUUGUCUCUUGAUAACAUUAAACUUUACACAGAGACCACUGAAGUGAAUUAUUUUUCAUUUCCUCUCCUCCAGAUGCUCCAAAGAGCUGCUCUGUAUCUGUGAAUCCCACUGGUGAAAUCACAGAGAACAGUUCAGUGACUCUGACCUGCAGCAGUGACGGUUACCCAGAACCAGAGUAUACCUGGUACAAAGAGGGGGGUCAUGGACAUCUCAGGAAAGGAUCAGAGCUUGUUUUUAGAUCCAUUCAGUCCUCUGACUCUGGAAACUAUUACUGUAGAGCAAGUAAUGGUCAAGGGACGGGGAGGACGUCUCGGUCCAUUUCUAUUGAUGUAAAAUGUGAGUGAAGCAACCUUCAACAUAUUUUUAGUGUUUGUCUUUAUUUGCUGAUCACCUGUCUGCUUCCUUCAGCUCUUUGUGCUUCAAAUUAACAAUCUGUGGAUAUUAGACACUGAGCACCUACAGUAAAUGACAGAGAAGUGCAUUUAUAUAAAGUUUGACCAGAGUUUGACCAGUUAUUGCAUCUUUGUACUGACUAUUCAGACAGCUAAAUGUCUAUGUGGGUUUAAAACUCAGAUGCUUUCUCCUUCAGAUGCUCCAAAGCUUCGACAUGUGUCAGUGAGUCCCUCUGGUGAGAUCGUGGAGGGUAAUUAUGUGACUCUGACCUGCAGCAGUGAUGCUAACCCAGCAGCUAAACACAACUGGUAUAAAAAAACUGGAAAUAGAGGCACAUUUGUCCGCUCCAGUAUAACACUUUACUUCUGGUCCAUCAAAGCCUCAGACUCUGGAGAGUAUUACUGCUCAGCUGAGAACAGGCUGGGCAGUAGGGUCUCUGAAUCCUCUGUCAUUGAUGUGAAGUGUGAGUAAAACAGCUCAUUGAAAACCUUAAAAAACCUGAUUUAUAGACGGAGGUCUGGAUGUAGGAAAGCUAAGCAAAUCUGGGACACUGAAAGUCUGAGAAAACAACUAAUAUGUGCAUCAUUGCUUUAUGUAGUUGGCAGGAUCAUAAAAUGUUUAUUGUAAAGGUUAAAAAGUCAAUAUUUAAUCAUGAUAUUACCUUUGUGAUUAAAAAAAUCUCUAUAUUGUGGUUUAACAAACACCUUUUCCUUCCAGAUGCCCCCAAAAUGAAACAAAUAUCAGUGAGUCCCUCUGCUGAGAUAGUGGAGGGUAAUCAUGUGACUCUGACCUGCAGCAGUGAUGCUAACCCAGCAGCUACUUACACCUGGUACAAGAAGACUAGAUACCAGACAUAUGGAUAUCCCAGAAAAGGACCACAGCUUGUCCUCAGGUCCAUCCAGUCCUCUGACUCUGGACAGUAUUACUGUGAAGCUAAAAACAAUCAGGGGACGAGGACAUCUCAACUCGUCUCUAUUGAUGUGAAAUGUGAGUGAAACAGUUUUUAUUAAAAGCUGCAUUAAGAUGAUGACUGUGAGGAUUUUGAGGCUCUCUCAGCUGAUCACACAUGUUUUAAGGGACUUGACCAAAUCUGGAUUAGAGUGUUUAUUCAUGACUUUAAAUUCUUUAAAAAAAAAGCUGUAAAAUACUCUCAGAUAUAGUUUGAAAAAAAGUUUUUAAAGUUUACCUCUUGAUGUAACAGGGUGUCCAUAGUAACUCUGAUGAAAAGGUGAAUAGUUGUAGAUGUUAUCAGGCGGCUAAAAUUCUUAAUGACUCACAUAAAAGCCUUACUCAAUUGUUGAAGCAACCAGAUUUUACAGCACAUAGAGUCUUAAAGGACCUUCAGCCUGGUCAGAAAAUAAUAAGAGAUACACAUUCUUACAGAACAUCACAGCUGUAAAAGUAAAAUGUAUUUCCUGUAUUUUAUGAGUCAUUUUGACCUCUCAUCACUCAAACGUCUAAAUGUUAUUUUAUGUUUUAACAAAGAUUUUUAUUCCACUUGUCAGAUCCUCCAAAGCUUCCCUCUGUGUCAGUGAGUCCCUCUGCUGAGAUAGUGGAGGGUAAUGAUGUGAUUCUGACCUGCAGCAGUGAUGCUAACCCAGCUGCUAACUAUACCUGGUACAAGAAGAAUGAAAACCCAGACCCUCAACCUCAAGGAGAAGGACCACAGCUCCUCUUCAAACGCAUCCAGUCUCCUGACCUUGGACAGUAUUACUGUAGAGCUGAGAACAAGCUGGAGAAGAGGACAUCUGAAUACAUCACUGUUAAUGUGAAAUGUAGGUAGAACAGCUCAUUUAAAGGGACAUAAAGGUGAUCAAUAUCACUCAACCAAAUAUCGUCCAUAGCUGUGCCACACAACAAUCUUGUAAAUGAAACUGUACAUAUGCAACCAGAAGAAAUGGUUUAUUUCUCAUUUUUCUUUUGUUCCUGUUUUUUAUUUGUUGCUUUCAUUUUUCCAUCUGUCUCCAGAUGCUCCAAAUCUUCCCAAUAUAACAGUGAGUCCCUCUGCUGAGAUAGUGGAGGGCAGUUCAGUGACUCUGACCUGCAGCAGUGAUGCUAACCCAGCUGCUAACUUUACCUGGUUUAAGGAGCAUGAAGACUCACCAACAGCAUCAGGACAGAUCUUCACUAUAAACAACACAAGAUUUGAACACAGUGGGAAUUAUGUUUGUCUUGCCCGAAAUGAGAAGGGACAUCAUAACUCCACAGUUCAUCUGACUGUUGAGGAAGGUAAGUUUAACACACUGAGUCAGAUUAAAGUUUCUUGCGUUGGAUUAGUUUCUUAGCAUUAGACAGAAAUGGUACGCAGUUAUUUUAUUUCAGCUCUAAGAUUCACUGAGACAUGUUUUCAUCUAUCAUCUCCAUGGCUUCACACUAGUCUACAAAAGAUGAAGAGUGUAAAUAUUCUCUGGGGUACCUUCCUCCCAUUCACUUAUUAAUUCAUGAUUAUUUUCAUUUAAUUACUUUGUUUUAGGAGCAUGGAGAAGAGUAACUGCUGCCGUGGUCCCUGCCCUUAUGCUCGCUCUUAUUCUCGUCUUUGUUGUCUCGUGGUUUAUGUGAGCAGCUUAUUUUCAUAACAUCAUUGUUGGACUUUAAAAUGGAAUAAUUUUAGCAUCAACAUCAUUGGUACCACUUUUUCAUUAUUUUCAUGAAUGUGUCUGACUAGAAAAAAGAGGACCUGUAAAAAGCAGUCUGAGCCCAGAGAGAGACCAGACAGCGGUGCACAGGUGAGGAGAUUCAUCAGUUUCUUAUAAGCAGUUAUUAAUCUGGAUGGUAUAUCCUCUCUUUUGGUUGAAGGGGUCGGUAUAAAGACUGUGGUGGAUGGUUGGGGAAAGAGAAAAAGUUGUAAAGUGGAUGGAAAGAGGGAUCAUGUAGCUGGAAAAUAAGACCCUCUGUGGACAAUAACAGCCCAGAACACCAGAGAUAUUAACCUGCCUGAAAGAGGGAAGAUGUGACAGGAAAGGGGGUCAUAUUGAGUUAAAGCUAUAGUGUGUAACUUCCUCUUCCGUUAAACCCAAGCCACUACAAGAGAAGAUGAUACAACGCUGAUUAAGCCGGUCGGCUCCUCUAACACCUUGUGGUAUUUGUCAGUAUUUGUUCAUUUUGUAUUUGGUGUCGAGGAGCGACAUUCCUGCACUGGCACACAGGAAAUGAUGCGUUCUACUCGGUUUUACCUGACAACGAGAAGGGAGGGGGGAGGAGAGCGCUGCUAAAAGCAACAUGGUGGAGAACCCGAAGAAGCAGUUCAGAAGUGGAUCUGACUGAAAGGGAAAAGCCUUCCUGUUCAGCAGAAGGUCUGUUGACAAAGACAGCGAGUGACAAACGGUGAAGACUAACGGAUUUUCAUUGGCGUCUCUCCUCCUUGAUGGAGAGCCCUGAAGGAGGAGAUCGGACUUAGGUCCAACACUGAUGUUAAGUAAGUGACUCGGUUCACUACGAGCAGGAUGUGUUGCUGUUACAUUUACUGGACCGAGUACUUUGUUAUUUUUGCAGCCUGGUGCCACAUUGUGUAACGUUAGCCUAACGAACAGUAAGUUACAAGGUGUGUAGCCCGUGUUGCUGUGUGUAACUUACUGUGGGGAGUUUGUGUGCUGGGACGAGUAACUUUAGAGCCUACAUGUUGUGUAAACAGUUACAGUCCUUGUGCCGUGACGAGCAGUAUGCAGUGAGGUGAGUACUACUCCAUGUACUGUGACGAGAAGCACACAUUUUGUCUGGUGAGUGUUCUUGUGUGUGAUGUGUAUAACGUCAUAUUGAGGUGCUGGCCAUAUCGUUGUAAUGAUGUAGAAAUCCUUGAGGGGGCAAUAGAAGUUACGCACUAUAGCUUUAAAUAUAAACUAUUGCGGGAAACUCCAAGACUCUACUGAAGAUCAACAACAAAUUUCUGUCUUUGUAAGAGAACCAAACCUGAAGUUCUGUCUUUCAAAAGUCCGUCUUCAAAUGCAGAAUUGUUCUUACUUGUCUAUUUUUCACAGAUCCAAAUGGCAGAGAUGCAGGAUGAUCUUCAAUAUGCCACUAUCCACUUUCCUAAAAAUCAGGAAGAUCAUGUCUAUGCCAAUGUCAAACCAGCGAAGCCCAAAAGAAAGAAAAAAGCAACGAACGCAGAAGUGAAAGAGGACGAAGAAGAGACGACUGAGUACUCCACUGUCAGAUUUAACGGUGCCAGUUCAGCCCAGAGGUAAACAACUCCUCACAUAACAUUGUGUCAUUUCAUAGAAGUUAUGCAAUAAUUACUCCCUUAUUUUUACCCUAUUAUUCUCAUCAUUAGACCUUUAACAUUAAAUCUGAACAUUGAAUUUGUUUUAUUUUUCUCAAAAAACUAGCGGUCAGGAAAGUGUGGAGGAUCCAGCUGCAUUGUACAGUAAAGUCAACAAACCUCCCAAAACACAUAUACACAGAAACCUCUGA